AAUAUUAAAGACAUAACCAGAAGUAGCUGUGAAGUCCCACGGAUUCGUCAAUCAGUUUCAUCACUUACAAAUGAAUGAUCUCUCUUCUUUCCCCCUGAAAUCUGCAACCCCAAGUGUGGAUUUCUUUGGAAAUUGUCUGUUUCCCUAGGGGGCAUGUGCCAGGGCCUGCUGUCUAAGUCCUGGCAGUUCAAAUCCAGGUCUGCGCCUUCCCGCUGAGUCACUUUGAGCAAGAUCUACCUCUGCAACUUAACUCUUCUCUAGGAAGAACACUCAGGAGAGCAAGAAUAUGGCCCCAGGGCUCUUGACAACCAGGGACGAGGCAUUAAUGGCCUUCCAGGAUGUGGCUGUGGCCUUUACCCAAAAGGAGUGGAAGCUACUGAGUCCUGCUCAGAGGACCUUGUACAGAGAAGUGAUGCUGGAGAACUAUAGCCACCUGGUCUCGCUAGGAAUUGCUUUUUCCAAACCAAAACUCAUCACACAUCUGGAGCAAGGGGACGAGCCCUGGAGAGUGGAAAACGAAUGUCUUCUGGACCUUUGUCCAGAACGCGGGACGGAAUUCCAGCCCUGUCUCUCCCACCCGGUGGCCUUUUCUAGUCCACCAUUCCUCAGACGAUAUGUGCUAAGUGGUCGUCCCCCUCCAGUCUUCACAAGCUCAUCUACAAAAAGUGACUUCCAACUAGAAGCUCCAGGGUGCUUGAUUGAAAGAGAAGGUGGAGAGAGAGAAGGCCUUGGCACCAUGUUUGGGAAGAUGAAGCCGAGCAAGAUUUCGAGGACAUUCUUCUGCCCACAUCAAGGUCACCCAGUAGACUGGGUGAAAGACAACAGAACAGGAGAAAUAGACCUUGGCCUGGCCCAGAGGAUGAGCCCUGGAGAGUCAGACAGAACGUUGAAGGGGGCGGGUGUCUCAGAAUCUGGAACAGUCACAUGCGGAAAAUACAGACUGGGGCCCAGCCAAAAGUCAAGUGUAUUCAGCCACCAGAAACAUCAUGUGUGCCCUGAAUGUGGGAGAGGCUUUUGCCAGAGGUCAGACCUCAUCAAGCACCAGAGGAUACACACGGGGGAGAAGCCUUACCUGUGUCCCGAAUGUGGUCGCCAGUUUAGCCAGAAGGCCUCCCUCACCAUACACCAGAGGAAGCACUCAGGAGAGAAGCCAUACGUGUGCAGGGAAUGUGGGCGACACUUCAGGUAUACGUCCUCGCUCACGAACCACAAGAGGAUUCACUCUGGGGAGAGACCCUUUGUAUGUCAGGAGUGUGGCCGAGGCUUUCGCCAGAAGAUAGCCCUCGUCCUUCACCAGCGGACACACUUGGAAGAGAAGCCCUUCGUGUGCCCUGAGUGUGGAAGAGGCUUUUGCUAGAAGGCCUCGCUCCUGCAGCACCGCAGCUCACACACGGGCGAGAGGCCCUUCUUAUGCCCUGCGUGUGGGCGUGGCUUCAGGCAGCAGUCGCUGCUGCUCAGUCACCAGGUCACACACUCAGGGGAGAAGCCUUACGUCUGCACUGAGUGCGGGCACAGCUUUCGCCAGAAGGUCACCCUUAUCAGACACCAGAGGACACACACUGGGGAGAAGCCUUACCUGUGCCCCCAGUGUGGGCGGGGUUUUAGCCAGAAGGUCACCCUCAUUGGACACCAGAGGACACACACUGGGGAGAAGCCUUACCUGUGCCCCCAGUGUGGGCGUGGCUUUGGGCAGAAGGUCACCCUCAUUAGACACCAGAGGACACACACAGGAGAGAAGCCUUACCUGUGCCCUGAGUGUGGGCGUGCCUUUGGCUUUAAGUCACUCCUCACCAGACACCAGAGGACACACUCAGAAGAGGCACUUUAUGUAGACAGGGUGUGUGGGCAAGGCCUUGGCCAGAAGCCACACCUCGCCUCUGACCAGAGGACACACUCAGGAGAGAAGCCGUGCGUGUGUGACGAGUGUGGACGCGGCUUUGGCUUUAAAUCCGCCCUCAUCAGACACCAGCGGACCCACUCAGGGGAGAAGCCGUAUGUGUGCAGGGAGUGUGGGCGCGGCUUUAGCCAGAAGUCCCACCUCCACAGGCACAGGAGGACCAAGUCUGGCCAUCAGCCCCUACUACAAGAGGCGCUGUCCUGA